GAGGACCACAGACAAUUGUUCCAUACACUUCACCAUGCCUGCUUAUCACUCCAUCUUCCUCGAGGAUCGGGACGUCCCCGUAAUCGGCAACUUCCCCGUCCUCCCCCUCCGCACCCGCACUCGUGGCCCCGCAUACACCCUCCCCCGCUCCCCCUACCGCCGACCUCGAAGUGCCCGCCGACAGCGAAUCCUCUCUCUAUUCCGCGCCAAUGUCCUGUUCCGCAACUUUGAGAUCAAUGGGCCUGCAGACCGCAUGCUCAUCUACGGCACCCUCUUUAUCAGCGAGUGUUUGGGCAAGGUCAAGCCCGCCAUGACCGCCCGUGAGGCUGAGAAGGCUCUCAUCAAUGUUGCACUCGAUCACUUCGCCAUUCCUGGUGACGUGUCCUUCCCUUUGAACCAAGCGUUCGAGCCGCCGCGUGAUCGCCAGGAUGCCGAGACGCUGAGAUCAUACCUCUCCCAGGUUAGACAGGAGAUUGCUAUUCGGUUGCAUGCUAGAUUAUACCCCGGUGGUGUUGGGCCUUCCAAGUGGUGGCUUAGUUUCGCAAAGAGAAAGUUCAUGGGAAAGAGCUUCUAAGAUAGAUCUGCUUUUGUUUGCUCUCUAGCGGCGUACAACUCAGCGUAUGAACAACGUCGGGCCGUAGUCCUGUCUUUACUCUGUGCAUAUUUCAACAUGAAGCGUUUUGACUGAGAUCAGAGUGGUAUCAUUCCGUUCGAUAGACCAGGUCUGUCCAUCGUAUUCCUCGCUGCUGCAGCGGGAAGAUCUCGUUAUCGUCGAGCAAUAAUGUCACAUGGUAAC